GAUGGGAAAUCGUUGUUAAGAGUAAUAAAAAAUUGAAAAUGAUGCUCUUCUUAUAAGUCCAGGUAAAAAUGGUUUAGAAGCUACACAAGUUAAAAAUGGUUUAGAACCUACAUCUAAAAAUCCAAUUCAGGAAGAUUAAAAAGAAGUUGAAGUUCCAAAAACUCAAUAACAACCUAUUGUUGAUCCUAUUUAAAAAUAACAAACCAAAGAAUAGAGUGCUUUAGCAAUAUAAUGUGCAUUUAGAAAUAAAGUUGCCAGACAAAAACUUAAUGAAGAAAGAUAAAUGCUUGAAGAAGACAAACCAAAAGACUGGACUUUAUUUGAUGGAGAAUUUAAAAUCCCAACUUUACCAGAAAUUGCCUAUUAAAAAAUUAAUGCAUCAGUAUCAAAUGAUUUUAGAAUGCUACCUGCCUAUACAAAAGAUGGAACUAUAUAUAAAGGUUAAUGGUUGAAAGGAAUAUAAUUUGGAUAUGGAUAAAUGAUUAAAAAUGAUGGAACUUAUUUAGAAGGACAAUGGAAAAAUGGUGAUUUAAUAGAUGGUGCAGUUUAUUUUCCAAAUAAAGAUCUAUAUGUAAAAUUAUAAUAAUAUUUAUAGUUAGGAUAAGAAAAUUGUGGUGUAAGAAUAUAUCAUAAUGGAGUCUAAUAUUCUGGAGAUUGUUAAGGUAGAUAGCCACAUGGAAAAGGAAUUGAAUAACAUCCAGACAGCACUAUCUAUGAAGGAGAAUUUUAAAGAGGAUAAAAACAUGGUAAAGGAAUCAUUAUAUUUGCUGAUAAAUCAGAGUAUAAUGGAGAAUAUGUACAUGGAGAAAUUGAAGGACAUGGCACAUUCAAAUGGCCAGAUGGAACUAAAUAUAUUGGUGAAUGGUAAAAAAGUAUGAUGAAUGGAAAAGGUAAAUUAUUUUUAUCAGAUGGAGUUAUUUAUGAAGGUAUUAUAUAUAUCUAUUAUUUAAGGGGACUUUUAAAAUGAUAUCAUGGAAGGUUAAGGAACUAUGACAUAUCCUGAUGGUUCCAAAUAUGAAGGUCAUUUUAAAAAUAAUAAGAGAGAUGGAAAAGGUUAAGUUACUACUUGUGAUAGGGUUAUUACUGAAUGUGAUUGGGAAGAUGGAAAAUUAAUUAUUAACACAGAAAAAUCUCACAAUUGA